AUGACGUCAUCUACUUUGCUUCUCAUUUUGACUGCUUCUGUGGUUCUAUUCGCAUUUGAGGAUCCACAGUGUACCAGAUGGCAGAAGAAUCUGUCCACGUUGUGUCUAUCGAAAACUUCUGGAUACUUCAGAAAGUUCCAUGAGCACUCUUUUGAUAAUCCAGCAGUAAUGUCACAUUUCAAUACAACAUCCGAAGAGAUCAUUAAGUGCUUCCAUGACCUUCCGUGUCCUACCAGUCGAGACAUCAAAAUGGGAAAUCGAAUCGGAGCCUAUCGAGACACCAUGUUCGCCUUGACAGAUUCCUUUGUGAAAUGUGCCAAGACUUUGGAGUCUCACAACUCUGACUGUUAUUAUUCAUGGGACCCGUUUAUGGCCGUCGAUGUAGAUGGGCGCAUUUUGGAGAAUUUCGAUAAUCGAGAUGUCUGUAAAGCUUAUUUCGGACCAAUGGAUUGUAUGAGACACGAGAUUGUGGAGUACUGUACCAUGGACGCGUGGAAGAGUUUCAAAAAGAAAGCCAAGGAGUUUGGUGAAAGGAUCUAUGGGUGUGACUUCCGUGGGAUCUUCACUCUACCAACUCGUUAUAAUCGUUGA